AUGGGCUUUCCCUGGAAGCGUUCGCUCGCGCUGGUGGUCCUGCUGGUGGCCUUCUACUACCUGGACAGCAUCAAGCACCACGGCUACAUCUUCGAGCCCAAGGUGCUGCAGGAGGUGGCCCAGUCGGCCAUUGCCAAGAACUACACCUCGACUGCCAAGACCAUCGAUCACAUUGUGAAGGCCCUCGACAAGCACUACCCCGGCCACGUCAACAAGGUCCAGGAAUGGGUCUUCAACAAUGCCGGUCACACUGGCCGAUUCCUUGCCGAUGACUACUUCAUCAUCCUCGAGGGUGAGCAGUGGGCCUUCUACCCCGGCGCCUUCGAGAAGGAGGUGUACACUCCCGGCCACAUGCACCACCUGCCCCGCGGCUUCGCCCAGCAGUACCGCAUGCCCGACAAGUGCUGGGCGCUCGAGUAUGCCCGCGGCUGGAUCCCGCUCAUGCUUCCGUUCGGUCUGGCUGACACCUUCUCCAGCACCCUCGACUUCUACACCCUCGCCCAGACCUUCAAGGUCUACGGUAAGUGUGUCAUCAACGAGCUCCUCCAGAACAAGUUCUAA